AUACUGAACUGCUCCACUAUAUUGUGAUACAGAUCUGCAGUUUACACUUCUUUACACUUCUUGUGCUGUCACAGCCUUUACGAGCAACAACAUGAGUGAAUCAGCAGAGGCUUUGGCAGCUAACCUCACAAGCCGAAGAAAUGUCACCAUCGAGAUCACCAACCUCACCAAUAACUACUGCCUGAUUGACCCCAAGGUUUUCUUGGAGAGUGGAUGCUGCCAUAGUCCACCCCAGCCCACCGUGCGCCCACUCAAAACCGAGGUGUGCAACUUCACCAAGACCAGCGCCAAAGCAUGCGGCGCAGUUGGCGUUAUGACCUACGACCUCUUUGAGAGGAAAAGCAACUCUGCUAAAGAGACAGUAGCAAUAAUGUUCUCUGUGCCCUACGACUAUAACAUGUACAAGAACUGGUUUGCCGUGGGGAUCUAUGACCAGGGCAAAGAGUGCAAUGAGAGUCUGUACAAAGAGAUGUAUUACAACAAAGAGCAGAAGGGUUUCAUUCGAGAGGAGGCCCAUGGCAGCGGGAUCACGUAUGAGGGCAAGCAGCUUGACAUCAAGGCCACCAUGUCCCCGAUGGGCAAGGCCAUUAUGAAGGUGGAGCUGUGGGACAAGCUUUUCGCUCCCAUAACACAAUGCCCUUACUGAGCUGUUAAUAGCAGAUUCAUCUUUGUCAACAUAAUCCUGUUUAACACACCGGUGUGUAGUGUUGAUAUGUUUCUCUCUCUGUACAAUUGUGCCUUUGUGCCAUCUGUUCAUUGAAUAAAUCCUUAACAAGUCUGAUAAGUGUGUCUUAGUGAUCAUUACAAAAAAUAAAUGUCUUGG